CUAACGUAUGUAGAAGAGGCAGUCAUCAAUCAAAAUCAGACUCUUCAGUGCUUUUUACCUUUUCUUAUUUUCUAGAUGUCAUUUCCUUAUCAUAAUGCACCUUCGCCCGGUCUUAAUAGAAAUUAUAUUAGGUGAGCUGCCCAGGCCGAACUUGCUCAUAUUAGCCCGGCCCAUUAACAAAAUCUAUCUAUAAAUAAUGGUUGCAUGCACCACCUUAUUUUCAACUCUCAUCAUUCAAACUCUUAUUAUUACUUGAUAAAAGUAUUCAGAGAAUCAGAUAAGCAUGGCUUCUUCUUCUUCUUUGAAAUUUGUUAUAGUGACCUUAGCUAUAGUUCUUGUGGUUUUCACAGCAACUUGUUAUGCUGAUGAUGAUGAUGAUCUUUCAACUGGGUUCUACUCUAAGAGUUGCCCUAAGGUCUUUAGCACCGUAAAAUCUGCUGUCCACUCUGCUAUUUCUAAUGAACGACGUAUUGGUGCUUCUCUAUUGCGCUUGCACUUUCAUGAUUGCUUCGUCAAUGGCUGCGAUGGGUCAAUAUUGCUGGACGACACUUCUUCAUUCACAGGUGAGAAAACAGCAGCCCCCAAUAACAACUCCGUCAGGGGUUUUGGGGUUGUGGAUAAGAUUAAGGCCAAGGUUGAGGAAGUGUGCCCUGGCGUCGUUUCCUGUGCUGAUAUCUUAACCAUUGCUGCACGUGACUCUGUCGUAAUUCUUGGAGGACCUGAUUGGGAAGUUAAAGUUGGAAGAAGAGACUCAAAGACAGCAAGCUUCAAUGAUGCCAACAGUGGAGUCAUCCCUCCUCCCACUUCUACCCUAAGCAACCUCAUUAACAGAUUCCAAGCUAAAGGCCUCUCUGCCAAGGACAUGGUUGCCUUAUCUGGAGCGCACACAAUUGGGAAAGCCAGAUGCACAAGUUUCAGAAACCGUAUAUACAAUGAGACCAAUAUUGAUAGUUCAUUUGCGAAAAGCAAGCAAAACAAGUGUCCACGUACUUCAGGUUCGGGAGAUAACAAUUUGGCAGAUCUUGAUGUUUCAACUCCUAAUAAGUUCGACAAUUUCUACUUCAAAAAUCUGUUGAACCAAAAGGGUCUCCUCCACUCGGACCAAAUCUUGUUCAACGGUGGAUCUACUGAUUCCAUCGUUAAACGGUACAGCAACAAACCUAGCACCUUUGAUGAGGACUUUGUUAAGGCAAUGAUCAAGAUGGGAGAUAUCGAACCUCUUACUGGAUCCAGCGGUGAAAUCAGGAAACACUGUGCCAGGCCCAACUAAUCUAUAUAUACACACACAUACGUAUGUGUGUGUUAUUAAUAAUGGAAGAGUUCGAAGGAGAGCUAUAUAGGCAAAUUAUUAACUAGUUGUUUAUUAUUUAUUAAGAAAGUGUUUAUAGUGUUUUCUCUUGUUUCUAUAGGGGAUAUAUAUGCUUGCAACUCUUAAUUAGCUCGUUAUUAUGUUUUUUUUAAUAUAUAAAUAAUAUGACAAAUCUCUAUGUCAUGAACUUGUUACCUGUUGAUGAAUAAUAACAAAUUUGUGUUGUUUCCUUAAAAAAGAGAAGUAAAUUAAUAUAUUUUUUGUAAA